AUUGAGGAGUACGGAGUCGUGGGAACCGCGCAUGCGCACACCGCCUGGAAGUUAAGCCAAUGACUCCAGAGCUUGCAUCUCUCCAGACGCAGGAGCGAGACAACGAGACCGCGCAGAGAAGGAGGGGGGAGGAAGAUCGCUCCGCACAACCCAGCACGCUAUUGAUUCGUUGGAGGUUAAAGAAGGGAAGAGAAGAUGUUUGGCUUCCACAAACCGAAGAUGUACCGGAGUUUAGAAGGUUGCUGCAUUUGCAGAGCAAAGUCUUCUAGUUCUCGCUUCACUGACAGCAAGCGUUAUGAAAAGGACUUCCAGAACUGCUUUGGUCUGCAUGAGGCCCGAUCAGGAGAUAUUUGCAACGCUUGUGUGCUUCUGGUGAAAAGAUGGAAAAAACUGCCAGCAGGAUCAAAAAAGAACUGGAAUCAUGUGGUGGAUGCAAGAGCUGGACCGAGUCUUAAGACGACAUUGAAGCCAAAGAAGAUGAAAACCCUUUCUGGCAGCAGGAUGAAGAGCAAUCAGAUAAGCAAGCUGCAGAAAGAGUUGAAGAGACACAACUCUGAUGCCCACAGCACUACUUCAAGUGCCUCUCCAGCCCAGUCUCCCUGCUAUAGCAAUCAGUCUGAUGACGGCUCAGACACUGAGAUGACCGCUGGCUCCAGCCGCCCUCAUGUCUUCUCCUUCUUAGAUCCCAUUUACUGGAAAAGGCAAAAAAUUUGCUGUGGAAUUAUUUACACAGGCCGCUUUGGAGAAGUUGUUAUAGAUGCUCACCUCUUCAAACCCUGCUGUAGCAAUAAGAAGUCCACAACUGAGAAGCCAGAGCCACAAGGUCCCCAGUCUCCAACCAUCUCCAACCAGGAAGAGUGGUGACUUCCACAGCAGUUGGUGUAAAAAAGAACCUCUUUUUCUCUCUGGAAAGGCUUGAAAGUGACUUUCUCUUCACUUUAGAAGCCUGCUAUGCUGCCAAAAGACCCCCCCCCCCGUGACCUUCAACGGUUUGAGGAUUCCAUUUUUUUACUGCCUCAGUUCCACUAAUUCAGAAACCUGUUCAUAUCUCUCCCCCCACCCCCAAAUGACUGUAAAUAAUAUUUAAAAGGCUCUAAAAUCCAUAAUUGAGCUGAAUGCUGCUGCAAGUCAUCUUGGUUCAGCCUCUUUCCCCACACAUCUCUUCUUCAGAUGAAAGGCCAUAAAAGAGAAUUAAAAUAUGUAGUGUGUUUUUCUGAAAGAGAAGUAGUGCUCACAUUUUGGCAUGCUAAAACUUUUAGCCAGUAACCUUUUCUCCCUGUGAGGAAAAUACUUAUUACUCUUAGGCAUGGACCUGGGUUUGCUGAAGUUUGUACAAGACUUCCCUGCUCUGUAUAUGUUGUAAAGGUGGGGAGCUCUUAAUUUUUACUACUGAUGCUUCAACAGGGAUAAAAAGUUUUGCCUGUCCUGAACCCCAAGGCCAAGGGCUCAUCUUUCUGGCCUAGUAAAAGUCUGUAUGUGAAGGGACUGAGCAUGCAAUCAGUCUUUGGCAAACAAUAAAGUUUUGAGACUGGCCCAUUCAUUACCUUGGUACUGGAACAAGUUAACUUUUUUCUCUCCCCUGCCUGUUCCAGUGUGCAGUCCAUGUAUGAUUUAUGCAUAAAUAUUACAGACAACGUUCAGGGAGAUGAGGGGCUCCUUCAUGGUAUUGAAGGGACACCCUUUACAAAUGUUGGCCAGUUGUGUAGGGCUGUGAUGAUAACACAGUAUAUAUACUAAGUCCUUCUUUUCAGUACCUUGGUAUGGGACCAAUUAAGUGUAUAUUAUAAUUUGUGAUUGCUAUCUUUACCUGUCUAGUUCCACACCUUGAUAAGGACUGAGUAAAAAUCUGUCAAAAACUAGUAAAUUGCAACUGGGAACAGCAGUCAGUUUGUGCCUGGCAAGGUAAGAGGAGGUUUUAUAAUCCCAAUCCAACAGCAGAAUGCAAACAAUGCAGUAAUCACUCUUCAUUUUAUACAAAUUUUAUUAUUAAUAAUAAUAAUAAUUUUGAAGGCCAGUCACAAAAGCAAGCCCAUUCUAGCACAAGCUCAGGUUUAAGAUUCCUCUUCUGUAUUUCUGCACUGUUUGAUUAGCUUGGUUACACACCCAAGGAAGGAAAAUUCCAAUAAUAACAAACCCACCCACAUCCUUAUUAUAAAGUAUUAUCUAAAGAGAGAGAGUUCUAGGUAUGCACGGCAUUUGUUGGCAAAUAAGAGAAAGCGUUUUUAUUUCAGAUAUAUAUCCUGUAAAUGUGUGCGUAAAUUACUGUGACUUCUCUUUUUUAAAACAACCACAACCACCUAGUAUUGUCUAGUUAGAGCUAUUUCCCAAGUUCACGACACUAAAUGUGUAUAAUAGCCUUCAUGUACGAAGAGCCGUCACAGGCUGUAGUCAGUGUCAGUCCUUGUCUAUGAUCUUCUGGUCCCGGCUGCAAGUCCUUCCUGUUACCCCUCCUUCCCUCCUAAUCUCCCAGAAGUGCCUUCAGUCCUUGUUCCUUCUUCUCUUGUCCCCAGCCUUCAACACAAAACUGCACAGUUAAUUCCCCCCACUGCCUGCUUGUCCCGUUUUGGAUUUGCUUCUUCCUAAAUUCUGCCCUAGCACCUAUGGGCAAGCGGGCGUCUGCUAAGACUCCCAUGUUUCCCCCCAUACUUUCUCAGUCUGUACUGUGAGAGGGGAAAAGGGGGUUUCUUAAGCAUUGUCACUGUAGUAUAUUAGCCGUAGGACAAGGCACUUGGCUGAAUUCAGUUUUUCCCUGAAAUCUCAGCCAGCAUAAGAAUUAGAAUAUUGUUUGCUUUGUUUGAAGAUGAGAUUCCCAAGAUUCUGAUAAAAUACGCCAAUUGACCAAGGAAAGAGUUCUAUCAGCUUUGGCAAAUAAUGGCUUCCGCUGUAAGUAUGCUGCUGUAUUUAGCUCAUACGGAUUUCUCCUUUUAUUUGAAUAGCAUGAGAAUUUUGACUUGUUUUGUGCAGUGCACUACUACAAACAUAACUUUGUCCUUUUAUACUUUUUAUUAAACAAAAAAAUCCUAAGCUGAUGCAUUAGGAAAACAAAAUCUGAGCUAUUCUCUUCCUACCUUGUUUUUAGGGUUCCCUUAAUUGUGUCCCCCGCAUUUGUAAAUAGGAGAAAUAUUCUAAAGGGAGGAUAAGAUAGGUCUUUAUUUGUAACUGACUAGCUACUUGGCAGUUUUGCUGGGUUGGUAAUCUCUGAAGGAUUCAUAUAGGAGUCCCAGAUAUUUUUCCCCUCAUCAAUUUACAUGUUUAAGGUUUUAUUUUUUUGUUCGUUUCUGGGUUGUUGUUUUUAGUAAGCGUCAAUUGUUCUGUGCAUUUACAGCUACAGUAUGAAACAAUGUACUAUGAUAUGGAUCAUCUCGUCUACUUCUGUAUUUAUUUAUUUAUUACUACAACAGCAGACUGCUUUUCCCUCAGCCUCCUUCCUCCUCCUUCCUAUGUAGUAAUGCAAUAUGAAUUGUAUGUAGUUAUGCACUUUGUAUUAAUGUAGUAGAAAUCUAUGGAACCUGUUUUUAUACUUUUUAUAUUGUUCAUACACUUGUAAUCCAAACUUUUUUUUUACACUAGGGUAAUUAAUAAAAAAAUAGACUUUAUUUAGAAAAAUAA